GGGAAUUUCCCGGGGGCGGAACCACCGCUCCCCAACCCACCCCGCCCCGCUUCCUCCCGUGCUGGCGGCGGAGCGGUACCGGUACCGGUACCAGUACCGGCACCGGCACCGGGAGCGGCCCCGCCUCCGGGGCACACUGGCAGGGAUGCCCGGCUGGGAGGUAGGCGACUGAAUGGCAGGCAUGGAAGGGAGAGGACCCUACCGUAUCUACGACCCUGGCGGGGGCUCAGAGGAGAAUGGAUCCACGGCCUUUGAGCGGCUGGUGGAGGAGAACACCCGGCUGAAGGAGAAGAUGCAGGGGAUCAAGUCUAUCGGAGAGCUGCUGGAGGAGUCCCAGGUAGAGGCAACCAAGCUGCGGCAGAAGGCAGAGGAGCUCGUUAAGGACAACAAAAUGUUGAUGGCAUCAUCUUCCUUGGAGGACCUGGUGGAAACUGGAGCUGUCGGCCCUGAUCCCAGCUCCACACAGGCCGCCCCAGGCAGCACCCAGCCGAACAUGGAAGCCCGGAAAUCUCCUCCAAGUGGAUCCUCCUCAGAGUUUGAGAUCGUCGCUGUGGAAGCACAGGGGUUUCCCCAGGAGAGCGGGAGAGCGGACUUGGAGCAGCCACCAAACGAGGAUGCCAACCUGCUGCCCCAGCUGCAGCAGCUGGAGAGCACACUGAGCGGCUGCGCCAAGGAGGCCAGCAAGGACCAGGUCUUCGUGCGUAUGGGCUACAUGGCCUCCGAGCUCAAGCGCCUGGCCUCCAAAGUGCACAAGAACGAGCAGAGAACAUCGUUCCUGCAGACGCUGUGUGAGACGCUGCACAGUGAGAACAAGGAGCUGCGAACCAAACUGGAGCGGGACCUGGAGCAGAGAAACCAGGCACUGGAGAAGCUCAGAUGUGAGAACCAGGAGCUCCGGAGGAUGGUGACUCUGAGCAGCCAGGACAGUGGAAAGAGGGAAGCUGCCGAGCAGCAGCAGCAGAGCGGGGCCAUGGUGGAGAAGGCGCCGGGCAGAGGAGAGCUGGAGGCCAAGGAGAAGAAAGUGAAGAUCCUGGAGCACCAGCGCAGGGAGCUGCUGGAGGUGAACAAGCAAUGGGAUCAGCACUUCCGAGCCAUGAAGCAGAAGUACGAGCAGAAGGUCACAGACCUGCACCAGGAGCUGGCUGAGGCCCGCAGGGCACUGACUGAGCUGGAGUCGGAGCGGGAACAAAAGCAACGGGAUUUUGACCGCAAGCUGCUCCUGGCAAAGUCCAGGAUUGAAACAGAAGAGGCAGAGAAGGAGAGACUGGCCAUGGAGGUGAGGGACCUGCAGCAGAGGAUGAGGUUCCUGCAGGAGCAGCUGGCUCCAGUUACCAGGCAGCGGGAAUACCAGGAAAAGGAGAUCCAGAGGCUGAACAAGGCACUAGAGGAGGCCCUGAAUGUCCAGGCCUCUCCGCCACCCAUCUUUGCCAGCACCAUGGAGCCAGCGGGGAAGGUGCCGCAGCAGGAGCUGCUGACCCAGAACGAGCUACUCAAGCAGCAGGUGAAAAUUUUCGAGGAGGACUUCCAGCGGGAACGGAGUGACAGGGAGAGGAUGAACGAGGAGAAGGAAGAGCUGAAGCAGCAGCUAGAAAAGCUGCAGAAACAGUUGGUCCUCUCCAACAACCAGCUGCGAGCCUCCAAGGACGACUGUCAGAGGGAGAAGGAGGAGAAGGAGAAGCUGAAGAAGCUGCUGAAACAACACAAACAGGCUUCUGGAGAGAGGCUGCACCCCGAGCCGCUGCCAGGGCCAGUGGGCCCUACCUGCCCCAUGUACCAGUACCAGUACAGUCCCCCCGUGGCUCACCCCAUGUACCACGGCUUCGACGAGUGGCAGCAGAUCCGAUACCCGCCAGCGAUGCCGGGCGAGCACGCGCCAGGACAAAACUUCCAUCAUUUUCCCCCGCCCGAGUACCCCUGGCGCCCACCCUGUGCCAUGGCUCGCAGCCAGAAUGCCCAAGCAGUAGCCGGGGUGAAACCAGUCCCCAAGGACUUGGACCAGGCAGGUCCCGGGUUGCCCUAACGCCAAGGACCGGCUGCGCUGCGAUACCAACAGAAGAGGAGUAGGGUGUGUGUGUGUGCCCGUGUGUAUAUAUCUAGGAGCUUCCUCUGGCUGCCUCUCCCUGUGCGCAGACAGGCACUGGACGUGGCCGCAGCCCUGGCCUGGAGCAGCUCGGCAGCGCAUCCCCACCAGGAACGUGGGCAGGAUGGGAGUGGAGGUGCCAUCGUGGGGGGUGGCCAACACCGGGUCACUCCCCUGCAGCCAUCCCCUUCCCCAGGAGGCAUCAGGCCUGACAUCGCUGUAGAUCCGAGCCAGGUCUUCAGGGAAGAGGAGCUGGCGUUUCCCAGGAGCUGCCCCCGUCCAGGGGCUUCGGUUCAGCCCCUGGAGGAGUGGGUGACAGCGGGGACUCUCCCGGCGGUGGGAGAUCCCAUGCCUGCAGGCGAGUGCCUGCUGCAGCCGUGAACCGGGCUGAGGGUGGUUGGUGUUCUUUGUAUUUAUUUAAGGACUGAAGUGUA